AGAGCAUCUGCGGUGGACCUGAAUUGCCUUUACUGCCAGUUCUCGAGACUUCCUUCCAGAGGACCACAGCCACACACGCACAUGGAAGGCGAGAGUCUACGGCCAACCAUUUUCAGUGUCACACCAUCACCCAAGAGAAGGAAGACAAAGAAACGGCUUACAACAGAAAAAUAACCAAAAGAAGGAGUGCAGUAGAAGAACGGGAAGAAAAUGGCUUCUUUGAUUACUCAAUCUCCAUCUUCCGUUCUGCAGGGAAAAGUAAGCCUCAAAAUCCCACCUGCCCAUAGUCCUGCAACCAUACUCACUCCCACCACCAGCAGCAGAAGAAGAAGGAACGGAUGCCCCAUGAGACUCGCAGUCAAUGCCUCCUCAGUUUCUGCUUCUCCUGAAACAGCAGAGAAACCAAUCGUCGAUCUCGAAUUCAUUGGGGAGCAGGCAGGGGCAGAUGGUUCGUAUCCGGUGACGAAGGCGUCGGCAGUGAGCGGCGAGAAGGUGCUCAGGAACCUCAUGCUCGAGCACAAGAUCGACCUCUACGCCGCCUAUGGAAAAGUGAUGAACUGCGGGGGUGGUGGAAGCUGCGGCACUUGUAUUGUUGAGAUCCUUGAUGGCAAGGACCUCCUAAGUGAAAGAACAAAUGCUGAGUUGCGGUAUCUUAAGAAGAAACCGGAUUCCUGGAGGCUGGCUUGUCAAACGAUUGUUGGGAAUAAAACUAAUUCUGGAAAGGUUAUUGUCCAAUGCAAACCACAGUGGAAGAAGUAAUUACAAGAAAAAAUGAUGAGUAUGCUACAAUAAGUUGGCACCCAUGAUCCUCUACGGAUGAAGUAAUAUAAGAGCUCGUGGCACAUUCGUUGGCAUUCUUAUGAGAAUGAAAAGAAGAUAAUCACUUACCGAGCUGAAUGUAUUUAGUAUCCUUAAAUAUCUUUAGUUCAUUUGGUUUUCUCCUCCUUUUUUAUCUCUUCUUCUACUUAAGGUGACUGAAGUACAUUAUCAUAUCCA